AUGAAGAGAAAGGCGGCUGAGCAUCAAGAACCUCCGUCUACGCCCAAGCGGCAAGCGACGGAGAAUGUGCGGAGUACAGGUCGAAGUACACGCUCGACGCGACGUGCAGCGAGUCAGUCGCCGGAUAGUAUGCUGACGCCCUCGAAGCGGCCGCCUGUCAUGGUCCUGAUCAAAUCACCUAAGAAGUUCGCAAAGGAUGCUGCAGAGACUGUGAGGGCGGAGAGUGAUGAUGAGCUCACGGCAAAGCACGCACCAGUCUUGCUUGGUCGGUCCAAGGCCGCUGGGACGCCGAGCAAGGUGACAGCAUCGCCUGCAAGUAGGGGACAAGUGCCGGACUCGGCAUCAAGGCGGACGUUGAGGUCGACGCCUUCCAAAGCUACACCGACUAGGACGCGUCAAGCAUCACCUACGCGCGCCUCGACUCGAUCAAGCAGGGCAGCUAGCAUGGUAGAUCCACAACCGAGCAGCAGGAGCAAACGUUCUCGUGCCACGCCUGGCAAGGCGACGCCGAUUCGGGCCGGCGCCAAAGACAUACCAAGCGAUGUCACACCGUCCAAGAAAGGGACGAGAGAUGGCAAGACAAACAAUCUGCCCGCAGCUAUGGAGGACGUCGAUGCAGAAGCAGCGCCCAUCAUCACGGACGGUCCGGACGUUUACUUUGAAAAGAUGGCCAGCAAGGACAAGACCUCCAACAAUACGCUGGAAAAAGUCCCGUACCUAACGCAAUCUGAGUGUCUUUCUAUGCUCAAGUCGCACCAGCUCCCGUACGCAGCUGGAAUCAAACGGUUGUAUAAAGCCCAUAUUGGAUGCUUUACUGAAUGGCAAUUACAGCUCUCACUCGGCCACACCUUGUGUCUCUAUGGCUACGGUUCCAAGAAGCAGCUACUCGAGCAAUUCGUCAAACAGCACUUUACACCCUGGCAUAUCUGCGUCACUAUUCAAGGUUAUCAUCCAUCUACAGAUAUGCGGCGCAUCUGUUCCACCAUCACGCAAGCCCUCGGAAAGACGGGGUCCGAUGUGGCAGCCGUGUUGCGAGCGCUCGACGAUCAUGACGAGACGCUGAUUGUGCUCAUCCACAACAUUGAUGGAGAAAAUCUGAGGAAUGAGAAAGCGCAGAGCAUGUUGGUGCGCAUCCUCGAGCAUCCGCGCACACAGGCUAUUGUCAGUAUCGACCAUGUCAAAGCGCCUAUGCUCUGGGACGCACGCAAAACGAGCGCGUUGAAUCUCCUCUACCAUGAUGCCACGACGUUUGAGCCGUAUGCUGCUGAAACGGCACUCCAGCCGAGCAUCUUUGAUGCAAAGGCCUCCAAGCAACGACUUAUGGGCGAUCGCGGUAUCAGCUGGAUCCUGCAAACCUUAUCGCAAAAUGCAAAGACGAUUUUCAAGCUAUUGCUAGAGGAACAAAUCAGUCAUGACGGUGCUGGCGUCGAGUCGACCAGGUUGUAUGAGCUUGCGAGUCGAGCAUUCGCCGUGAGCAGCAAGAGUGCCUUUCAAGCACAACUCGGCGAGUUUCUCGACCACGAGAUUAUUGUUGCGAGCAAAGAAACGAACUAG